GACAUACCUUUAUGCCUGGCCACAUCGAGAACAAAAGUCUGGUCUUGGCGUUCACGUGCGCGCUCCUGCCUCAUUCGGACCAUAUCCGCAGACUGGACAAACUUCGGCUCGACACAAUUGAGGUUUAUAAGAACAGAAAUUCUCUCGCCACAGCCAAUGAGGACGCUCAUAUGCAGGAAAUGGUGGACGCACCAAAGUACAUGCGAUCGGUCUCAAACCAAACCAAGUUGCUCCAUGCCAACGACUUUUCAGUCUAACGAGCGCGACUGGUUGAGUUAUUCGGGUGUCAAUCGCUCCGGCGAUUGGGAUUCGACUUUUUGCUACGACAUCCAAAGUCCGCGAGUUUGAUUUCUGGCUUUUGGAUCAUUUUGCUCCCACUCCAUGCAGUGCGCUCGCCGGUGCGCUGGUUUUACAAGUUGACCGUCACAGCGUUCAAGCCAUCCCGUCCGGUGACGACUGCCGGCCACAUCCGAAGUUACAGUCUGGUCUUGGCGUUCACGUGCGCGCGCUCCUGCCUCAUUUGGACAUCUCAUCGCGGGGAUCGGGCCGACUCCGGGACUUCCUGAAUGAACGUUCAUGUAAUUGAAAUCUCACUGGCUGCCACCAAUGAGGACGCUCAUGCAGGAAAUGGUGGACGCAUCAGAGUACGUGCGCUCGGGUAAAACCGAGGCGGUGUGAAACCAAACAAUGUUCCUUCGGGCGCAUUUGUCGAGUUAUGUUCGAUGGUACGAGAGCGACCAUGCCGUUGGCUAGUGAUCGAAAAGUCGAACUUUUUGCCAUUUCAAACCUUUUGCCAUUAUUCGAUGCAAAGGCCGCAAGCCUAUGGAGAGGUGCGCUCGGGACCAGCCUCGGGUGUGUGGCCCAUUACGUU